GUUUUGGACCUGUGUGAAAGUUUUGCGUGUUCUUGGCGAAAUUUAUAUUAAUUUUUACUGUAAAACUUUGAAUUUUGGGCUACAUUUAUUCUUUAAAGAGUCGAAAAGACUUUAAGCAACCAUAUAAAAUCAUAUUCCAAAAGUAUUUUGUUUUCGAAAUCAAUAGUUGUACAGCUUUUGCAAAGCACAAAGUUUACGUGAAGAAUAACGAAUAAUAAAGUGAAACAAAUAAUUGAUACUGCUACUACAAUAUAAAUAGAAAUGAUCAGCAACAGUGAAUAGAAGAAAAUAAAUAACAAAAAAAAAAAAAUUCACUCAAAGGAAAACACACAUUCGAUUACUGAAUACACGCGACAAGAACACUGAAAAUUGUCUUCCGCUCACCCCUCAUUUUUUUCACUCAAAAGCCUUUCUUAAGGGUUUCAUGCUUGUUUGUUUAUAUCAUUUAAACGAUAGAUACACCUCCACUACCAACACCAAUAAAUGCCGGUGCUUCUGGUUCUCUGGGUCAGUGCUAAUAAUAAUCUCGUUAGAAGUGAAGACGCCAGAAACAGCUGUUUGUAUUGAAUGACAAUAUUUGCCGAAUUUCGACCCACUUCACCGUCAUCUUUGGUUCGUUGCGAAAACAAUAACAAUUGUCCCCCAAAAGCUCCCAAAGUCAUCCAAGGCGACAACAGUAGUUGUUGCACAGAACUAACGACGGCAACAGAGCGCAGCAAUUGUAACCAGAUUUGUACCCCCUAAUUGACCGCGAGUCCCCUGUCAAGGUUAUUGUCGUGACAAGCAAAAGCAAGAUAAGAGCAACAACGGCAAUAACAAAACACGGCAUAAUCAAGCGGGUGGAAGAGCCCAACACAUUGUCAUUGUUUUUCACACCAACAUACUCCAUCCAUUCAAACAAAUUCAUCGAAGAAAUAUCCGUAUUUUACACGCACUACACACAUACACACACGCAGACAAAGGCGACCACACUCGUUGCCUUGUUGCGAUAGUCGCUGAAUGCGAAUAGUGUGAACAAAGUAUAAUUAUGAGAAAGGGCAGCACAAGGACAACCAAACACUGAGAGCCAUUCGAGACCAUAGGAGGAAAAAACAAAAGAAAGAAGGAAACGGUUCCUUUUGCUAAGAAUGAUGGAUUCUCAACAAGUGCUUGUUGUACCGCCACAACAGUCUUUAACGUCAACAUCCAGUUUAGCACAGCAUCCACUACCGGCGCAGCAGGCACUUCAGCAACCACAAUGUGCAAUUUGUGGUACAACACAAAAGCUAUUGAGGUGCGCCAAAUGCAAAUGCAUCUAUUAUUGUUCUACCGAUCAUCAGCAUCGGGAUUGGCCCACCCACAAACAGGAAUGUCGCCAAUUGGCCAAACAGCGACAAAUCAAUAACCGCCUGCAACAGCUAACAAAUGGGUGUAGUGCCAUGAAUAUUAAUUCUAAUUCAACGGCGACUCCGAUUUCCAAUUUUAAUCCCACAAUAACAUUUACGAACCCCUCCUCUUCCGUCGCUGCUGCUUCAGUCUGCUCUAAUUGGCCAACGAACUACGGCCCGUCUUCAAAUUUCCAGUAUGCACAUAAUCCUGAUGGAUCUUUAGUUCUGGGAACUAAUGAAAAUGAAAUCAUGAACAGUAAAGCUGAGUCAGUGACUCACCACAGCUCAAAUUCUGGUGAAUUUAUGGGCAAUUUUGUCAAUUCAACAACCUCUAAUCAAAUGCAUGCCAUGCAAGGUCCUGAGCAGCAACAGCCGUUCUCUGAAAGCAUUGACAAUAAUCAACACGCCGAUUUAGCAGGAACUUAUUAUCAAAAUUCAGAACUACAGCGCCAACAGCAAGUAGUUCUUCAACAUCAUAUGUACGUUGCUCCGACAUCAUCCCAUCAGCAGCAACAACAGCCCGUCCCACAGUUUAGCAAUCAUUUGGUAAAUCAAUAUGAGAAAAGUUCAAGCUAUCAAAUUGGUGCUGCUGUGGUCGAUGAUAAUAAUCUCAUGGAGAAUGCCAAUGAACGACGAUAUGAAGAACUGUGCCGUAAUAUCAUCAAUGACAUGAAUCAGUAUGGCCUUUCAGUGGUGGAUGAUUUUCUGGGCCAAGAAAAGGGUAUGCAAAUUCUUAAUGAGGUGCUCAACAUGUAUUCGGCCGGAGUUUUUAGGGAUGGUCAAUUGGUGAAUAAUUUUAAAUCAGAUCAAGAUCUAAAGACAAUACGUGGAGAUAAAAUCACUUGGGUAAAAGGCGAAGAACCUGAUUGCUCUAAUGUGGGGUUUUUAAUUAAUCAGAUCGAUGCCGUCAUUUGCCGAGCAAAUGCCAUGCGAAACAAUGGCAAAUUGGGAAAUUAUGUUAUAAAGGAAAGAACCAAGGCCAUGGUUGCAUGUUAUCCUGGUUCGGGUUCCCAAUACGUGAUGCAUGUUGACAAUCCCAAUAAAGAUGGCCGAGUUAUAACUGCCAUUUACUAUUUGAAUCUCAAUUGGGAUUACAGAAAUAGCGGUGGUGUUUUAAGAAUAUUUCCCGAACAAACCAAAUCUGUAGCUGAUAUUGAACCCAAAUUUGAUCGUUUAAUAUUCUUUUGGUCGGACAAGCGUAACCCGCAUGAAGUUCAGCCUGCGUAUAGGACACGUUAUGCCAUAACUGUAUGGUAUUUUGAUGCCAAUGAACGUGAGGCUGCCUUAAAUCGCUGCAAAAAUACACAGAAUUCAAAUAGUAAAUCCACAAUGGCUAACACUAACACCUUGUCAGCGAUAUCAUCUGCCUCCAGCUCCAAUGACAUCACCAAAGAGGCCUCCUCCCACUCAUCCUGCUCUUCCUCAACAAAUAGCAAUGAGAGUCAUCUUUCGACAAAUGAAAUUAGUAGCUCCCAGUCAUCAUCCGCCACAUAUGCCUGCUCAUCAUCAGAUUCCGCAGGAAAUUCACCCGCCAAUGUAAGACCCGUGCAAGUGGUAUUGCCAAAUUGUUACAAAUAACAAUCGACUCUUGCUGUCUCAGUCGAGAAGUAUGAGUAUCAUCGGCAUAUAGUAUAGUAAAAUUUUUACCAAACCAUACGCUUACAUUACAUAAACCAGGCCCCAAUAUUGUGGAUGGAUCUAACAAAAUUUGAGAUUUGAGCAACCACGAGCCCAGCGACGUGAAAUCUGGCUUUUGUGGAUAAUUCCUUGAGUUCGCAUGUACCUUAGAGCCCCAAAAGUCAGAAACGUGAGCUUAGCCGACAUCAUAGUACUAAAGACUGCAUUAGUCAGAACUAUAAAUAGCAAAGCUUACGAUUUACUGUUUACACGCUCUAUUUUUAGCCAGUCUAUGCGGAUGUCGGCUCUAUAAACGUUUGAAACGAUUCUCCAUAAGGUUGCCACAAGCAAAAUGAAAAUCCCCAGGGCCGAAUUAGGGCAUAGGUGAACCAAUAAAAUCGUUUGAAAUUUUUAAUUUCGUAUUAUCUAUUUAGUUAUCGAACGAGUGUUUUGGAAAUUUAAGAAGGCAAACUCAACCAUAAUUUGUUAACAUUUUGACACUGCAAUUUACAUACAAUAUGAAAACAAUAUAUGUAAAUGCCUUAUAAUAUGAGAUUAAAUGGCCUUCGAUACAAAAGAUUAUUCGAUCACGUAUGCGGUAAUUCGGCCCCUGACCUUUAUGGAGAUCAAUUAAAUACAUACAUAUGUAAUGAAAACAAACCACAGAGGACAAGUUCUCUCACAUCUUUGGAGAAGUGUCCAAGCAUAAGUCAUUCAUACAA